AUGACAUUAAUUGGUGCAAUAGGUAAUGUUGGAGUAUUAAUGGUUAUUUAUAUUGAUAAAAAAUUUCAUGAACCAACUAAUAUGAUGAUAAUGAACUUAGCAAUUGCAGAUUUAUUUUUUGUACUUAUUUGUAUUCCACCAACAAGUUUAAAUUUAACUGGAAAUUAUGAACUUCCAGAAAUAUUUUGUAGAAUUCAAAUAUUUUUUUCAUAUUUUAGUGUUUUUGUUUCAGCAUACACAUUAGUACUUUUAGCACUUGAUAGAUUUUUAGCAGUUGUUAUACCUAGGUGUAUUCAUUAUUAUAAGACGCUUAAGAAUUCAAUAUUAGCUUGUUUAUCAACAUGGUUAUUGAGUGCUGCUAUUUGCAUUAUUAUUCUACCAACAGCAUCUUUAUAUUAUACGAAUGAUGAAGCAUUUGACAACAAAACAAUGAAACAAUGUUUUGAUAAUCCAAAAAUAGCAAAUUCAACGGAAACAAAAAAAAAUGUUCUUAUAUUUUAUUUAAAUUUUAUAAUAUUUUCAUAUAUAUUACCAUUAACUGUAAUAACAUUUUUAUAUACUAUAAUGUUAUAUACAUUAAGCAAACAAACAAAUAAAUCUUCAAGAUCAAUUAUUAAUAAACAAUGGAGAAAAAAAAUUACAAAAACUGUAUGGUUAAUUAUUGCUACAUUUGCAAUAUGUUGGUUUCCUCAAAAUAUAAGAUUUUUUACAAUUGCUUAUUAUUAUCCAUCAGUUGCACCAUUUGAAAAAAAUUUCUCAAACCAUGAUUAUAAAAUUAUAAUAUUAAUUUUUCAAACAAUGGCAUAUGCUAAUUCAUGUAUUAAUCCUUUGUUAUAUUGUUUAAUGUUUAAAAGGAAUAGAGAUUCAUUGAUACAAUUUUGGGAAUUUAUAAAUAAGUAUGUAUGUUGUAAACCAGCAAUAACAAGUAAUACAGAAAUGCAAAUAGAAAGUGAUAUAUCAUCACAUAAUGGGGCAAUGGUUAUGAAAAAAAGAAGAUAUUCAAGACCAAAAUCCAAUUAUUUUUUGAAUUUAGAAAAAGAAAAAAAUUCACAAUUAACUACAUUAACCUUUAAAUCAAGAGAUGAUAUAGAGGUUGAAACACAAUUUGUUUAA